AUGUCGGGCGGGCCCCCCAAGGGCCUGCCGUCCACCGGGCCCCACUCCCUGCUCGACAUGCCGCACCCGCUGGCCGGCUCCAGCAGCGAGGAGGCCGUGGGCGGCGACAGCACGCCCAGCCCGGACCUGCUGAUGGCCCGCAGCUUCGGCGACAAGGAUCUCAUUUUGCCCAACGGUACUCCAGCAGGUACUGAGUCCAGCUUUUCAUCUUCCCUUCUCAACAGACUCCCGCUUGACGACAUUGAUGGUGAGACUAGAGAUCUCUUUGUCACAGUUGAUGACCCCAAGAAGCAUGUCUGUACCAUGGAGACUACAUUACUUUAUAUAUAGAUCACCACCACCAGUAGUACGCGGGUAGAGUUUGACCUGCCAGAAUAUUCUGUUCGUCGAAGAUACCAGGAUUUUGACUGGCUGAGGAACAAACUGGAGGAAUCCCAGCCGACUCAUCUCAUUCCCCCGCUUCCUGAGAAGUUUGUGGUGAAGGGUGUUGUAGAUCGUUUUUCGGAAGAGUUUGUGGAGACCAGAAGAAAAGCUUUGGAUAAAUUCCUAAAAAGAAUUACAGAUCAUCCUGUGCUCUCUUUCAAUGAACACUUUAAUGUUUUCCUUACUGCUAAGGACCUGAACGCCUACAAGAGGCAGGGGAUGGCAUUGCUGUCUAGAGUGGGCGAGUCCGUCAAGCACGUCACCGGAGGCUACAAGCUGAGGAGUCGACCUCUGGAGUUUGCAGCCAUAGGCGACUACUUAGAUACCUUUGCACUCAAACUGGGAACCAUUGAUCGAAUAGCCCAGCGGAUCAUCAAAGAAGAAAUAGAGUACCUUGUAGAGCUGAGAGAAUACGGGCCUGUGUACUCCACGUGGAGUGCGUUAGAAGGGGAGCUAGCUGAGCCCCUGGAGGGCGUUUCAGCUUGCAUUGGCAACUGCUCAACGGCCUUGGAAGAGCUAACGGAUGACAUGACAGAAGACUUUCUACCUGUGCUCAGGGAAUAUAUUUUAUACUCUGACUCUAUGAAGAGCGUACUGAAGAAGAGGGACCAAGUGCAAGCAGAGUACGAAGCCAAACUAGAAGCUGUGGCCCUGAGGAAGGAAGACCGCCCCAAGGUGCCGGCAGAUGUUGAGAAAUGUCAGGAUCGGAUGGAGUGUUUCAACGCUGAUCUGAAAGCCGACAUGGAGCGGUGGCAGAGCAACAAGAGGCAGGACUUCCGGCAGCUGCUCAUGGGAAUGGCCGACAAGAACAUCCAAUACUACGAGAAGUGCCUCAUGGCAUGGGAGUCGAUUAUUCCACUACUACAGGAGAAACCAGAGGCCAAGUAA